AUGUCCGCCAGACUCGUCGUGUCCAGCCAGGCGCCAGUGCCUUUCUGCAGGUCCUUACGCCUGCAAGGAGCGACGAGAUAUUCCAGCACCGCCGCCACCACGCCGGCGGCCAAGACUCAGACUCUACUUUCAACCACCAAGAAGUCGCCUCUAUCCAGAUUAUCUACAGUCAGUCUGGUGCGGUCACUUGCCCUCACACAGUUCAUGUCUUCACCACUGCUCAUGAAGCCCGCGCUCCCUCUUCUACACUUCAUCUCCAAGUCCAAGAUGGCACUAUUCAACCCCGACCGAAAUCCCGUUCUUAAGCGUUUACUGCGAUGGACCAUCUACGACCACUUCUGUGCCGGCGAGAACCUGCGAGAAGUCACAAAGACCGUUUCUGAUGUCAAGCGAAUGGGGUAUCAAGGCGUCAUCCUCAACUACGCGAAGGAAAUCGUCCUGGACGCUCAGGAAGCCAGCGCCGAAGGACACGCUGGUGAUUACGCAGCACCCUUCUACGAGAUGGUCGACUUGUGGAAGAAGGGAAACAUUGAGACACUUCACAUGCUGGCUCCUGGCGACUUUCUCGCCGUCAAGAUUACCGGUGCUGGUCCCAUUGCCGUGGAUGCGAUGAGAGCCCGCGCCCCUAUUCCGGACGUGAUUCGUAAGGCCUUGGAUGAAAUGUGCGACGAGGCCAAGAAGCAAGGCUCCCGUCUCUGGAUCGACGCCGAACAGCAAGCCCUGCAACCUCAACUGGACGAGUGGACCAUCGAUCUGAUGAGACACCACAACCGCAACAGCAAGCCUCUGGUUUAUAACACCAUCCAAUCAUACCUGAAGGCCUCCAAGGCCAACGCCGAACGUCACAUCGCACUGGCUGCCCAGGAGGGCUGGAGCCUGGGUGUCAAACUGGUCCGCGGGGCCUACAUCGAGAACGAAGUCCGCUCCCUGAUCCACGACACCAAGGAAGACACCGACCGCAACUUUGACGACAUCACGGACAUGUUCAUCAGCCAGAGACUCCCCGAGCAGGCCAAGGGCUGCGAGUUCCCCUCGAGCGCGCUCUUCCUCGCGACACACAACGCCGCCAGCUCCGCCACGGCCAUCACAAACCACCGUCGGAGGCUCCUCGAGGGCCAGGCCACAACCGAUCUCGAGUGCGGGCAGCUUCUCGGCAUGGCGGACGAGUUGAGCUGCGAGCUGCUCGACAACUAUGACUCGUGUCUGACGGACUCUGGGCUGAAGAGGGACGCGAUCCCAAAGCCGUUCAAGUACCUGCCCUGGGGAACCGUUUCGGAGUGCAUGGGAUACCUGCACCGUCGGGCGGUGGAAAACAAGGGAGCCAUCGAGCAGAGCUCGCACAUGCUCGGAUCUCUGAAGAGCGAGCUUCGUCGUCGGGUUUUCGGAUGA